AUGGGUAAAGAACAUGCACUUGUCAUAUCCAAUCAUAGAAGUGAUAUUGAUUGGCUUGUUGGAUGGGUUCUGGCUCAGCGGUCAGGUUGCCUUGGAAGCAGCUUAGCUGUAAUGAAGAAAUCAUCAAAAUUCCUUCCGGUCAUAGGGUGGUCAAUGUGGUUUUCUGAGUAUCUUUUCUUGGAAAGAAGCUGGGCCAAAGAUGAAGGCACAUUAAAGUCAGGUGUUCAACGGCUGAAGGACUUCCCUCAGCCCUUUUGGUUGGCUUUGUUUGUAGAAGGCACUCGUUUUACACAGGCAAAGCUUUUAGCAGCUCAAGAAUAUGCAGCCACAACAGGGCUUCCUGUCCCUAGAAAUGUUUUGAUUCCCCGUACUAAGGGUUUUGUCACUGCAGUCAGUCAGAUGCGCUCAUUUGCUCCAGCCAUUUAUGAUGUAACAGUGGCUAUUCCUAAAAGUUCACCUGCACCAACAAUGCUAAGACUCUUUGAGGGGCGACCUUCUGUGGUGCAUGUGCACAUCAAGCGGCAUGUAAUGAGGGAUUUGCCUGAAACUGAUGAGGCUGUUGCACAAUGGUGUAAAGAUAUAUUUGUAGCCAAGGAUGCAUUGUUGGACAAACACACAGUAGAGCAAACUUUCGGCGAUCAACAAUUGAAAGUUACUGGUCGGCCGCUGAAGUCUCUUUUGGUUGUUACAGCUUGGGCCUGUUUACUUAUUUUGGGUGCUCUAAAGUUCCUCUACUGGUCUUCGCUUCUAUCCUCGUGGAAGGGUAUUGCAUUUUCAGCAUUGGGUUUGGGCGUUGUUACUGUCCUUAUGCAGAUCUUGAUUCGAUUUUCGCAGUCAGAGCGUUCAACACCUGCCCCAGUGGCUCCUGCAAAUAACAAUAACAAAGGGGAGUCGUCAGGCAAACCAGAAAAACAGCAAUAG